CUGGGAUUCGCCGUGGAAUGCGGCGGCACGUCUCCAUUUUCUGCUGUCGGCAAAAGUGGCCGUUUCCUAAACGGUUUCUCUGCCAUGUGGCGCCAAGAUACCCCCGCCGGCUUGCCGUCUGUGGUUCCGCGGCGGCAUCGCGAUCGACCUGGGCGAAAGUCCACUGGCGUCGACAUCCACACUGGGUCGUACGAGAACCCGCCCCUUCUCUUCGCAUGGGCCCGAACACCCAACGCUGUUCUCGACACGACUGCGUCCGUGAAGCUAGCGAGCACGACGAUAACGCAGCAGCCACAGGACCAAGUGCGACCGCCGUCGGAGUUCAUCCCCCUUGCGCCAGAACGAGUGAUUUCAGCUCGACCGGGCCCCGUCUGUCAGCCGACUCGAAUGCAGGACAAAGAGUCGCAGGCAUCUCUGCCGAGUCCAAGGAACGCUGCCGAUCGGGAUGUCAAGGGCGCGGCUUGCCAGCACACUCCGGCCGCCCUUGUUGCAGAGCAAGGCGUGCAAUGCAACGUCCUUGAUGUGUUGCAGGUCAGCCCAUCGACGUCUGUGCCGUCGGCGGCGCGUCAUGACGUAGCGUUGCCGACAAAGGAAGCGGGGGAAGUGCGGCGAGAAGAAGCCGCCGCCCCUCGGCACCGCGACCCAAUGUGCUCCAACGCUGUCCAACCUUCCGCCACGCAACCAAAGCUCGCGUCAAGUUCAACUCCAGACCCGAGAGACGCGUCCCCAGCGCACACUAAAGUGCACCGCCGACAUGGCACCGAUCGCGCCGCCGACUACUGGAAGUGGUUGCACUGGUAUUCGUCAUGGCAGGUGUACUAUCAGCAGCAGGCCCAUCCGUCGUCACGACGGCGGCACGAGCCGAAUGCCACGCGUCCUGCCACCGUGUUGAACCCACCGCGCCACCACGACGCGAAGCGACCGCCCCCUGCCGCCUUUUGGGUCGACGUCAAACCGAUGUCCGUGUCCGAUUGCGGUCCAUCGCGGCCGAAAUCGCACGCAUGGGCUCGGCCAACGCAAUCGUUUCCGUGCUUGAAUCCGACGUUUGUCCAGACGUCGGUGGCACGAGAACGAGUCGUCGCUCCGAUGCAUGUCCUGAACGACUUGUGUCGCAAGGACGCGGUCGACAACGACCUCACACUAGAAGACCUUGCAUGUUAACCGUGUCAACAUGAAAUGCCCGUGACCUGGCGUCAAGAUC